UCCAGUUUUUGUUUGAUUUGUUGAAAGAAAACGGCACUCACACGGACUUCAAAAAGCAAAAAGAAUUUAUGGGUAACUCAGCAAACGAAGCUGUAAAAUCCAGUUUGACUACACAGAUGCAAAGCAAAAUAACGACAAAUAGCAACUUAAAUAAUAACAGGAAUAGUUAUAAUGUUGUGGAUGAAAGGAAUAAUGGAAUACACCAUCGAAGAAAUCAGUUGAAAAGCAUUUACUCUAACCAACUACAAGGUUACUAUCCAACUGGUGACCAACAUCGGAGGAAAAUUUAUCAUAAUGAAAUCAUUGCUACAAAUAAUGAGCAAAUUCCUUUCUUAAAUGAUAAAUCAUACAGUGAGAUUUCAGCCCAAAAAAUAUUGAACAAGUUAAAACGACCUUUUGGUCAGGAAGACGUCGAUAGCAUUUUGGAUCAGAACAUUGAAAGGAUCAUAGAAGAAAUAGCUCACCAAAGAAGGAAUGAUGUUGAUAUUGAUAAACUAAGCGAAAACUAUGAGGAUAACGCACCAAAAACCCUUUCUUUUCAAAACAAACAACAAAAACUCUUUCCGAAAAAGGUAUAUCCGUUUAAUCAAAUUGAAAAAUAUCACAACAACAUUAGUGCAAGGAUCAACUCACAUGAAAAAACUUUGUCGAGAAACUUAUUCAAAAAAGGAAAGUCUAUUGUUGAGCAAAAACAACCUGCAACUCUAGAUAUAAUGAGUGAACUGGAAAAAAUUGAAGACGAACUGGCCAAUAUUAACAAUCAAGAAAGAAAAGAUCAAGAAAUUUUUGAACGUAAGAUAUUAACACCUCAAUCUACCUUCGGUUACAAAAAAUACUUGAAAGUAGAAAACAGAGGAAAUAAGAAAAACAAGCAAAACAUGGGUUCAAAAAGCGUCCCUGAACUUCAACAAAGAAAGCGUUCGAAUACGUCAAACAGUGCUUCAAAGAUUGGCAAUAAAAACGUGAUACUGAAAGAAUUAAAUGAAAUAAAGGAUGAGCUAGGAAAUAUAUCUACAAUUUCUCUGAAGAAAAAAGGGAAGUCACAAACGCCUAUUAUGUUAGACGUUGGUGAUAAAAUUAGCAAUGCACUGGAAAAAGACUGGGAUCUUGAUAAAAGGUCCCGAAUACCAAGACCAAGAGGGAAUUGGAACGCAUUACAUUAUUGGAGGAAAUCUGUAAGAAAUCCUCGUAGCAAAGCUGUACUAAGGACUCCGUAUCUUGGAAAUGAGAAUGUCAUAAAUUCAUCUUCAAAUGAUCAUACUUUAAAAAUGAAACAAGAUGCACAUGCAGCCAAAAUUAUACCACAACUAGAACUCGUAGCGCCGGCAGCAACGUCUUUUAAUGAUCAAAAAUUAGAUGAUGAUAAAAUUAACAUAUCUCUUGGCGUAUCUAGUGUUGUUUCCAAGUUGGUUCCUGAGAACAUUGGAAGUUUUUUAACUACGGAACCAAGAGAAGCUAAUCACUCUGAAAGUCACGUAUUUGUGUAUUCCAGUGAAAAAAAGGUUCCUCGUCCAUUAUCGUUAUUUUUACCAUACUCUAGAAGUAAGAAUCAUUUUCGGUAUCGUCAACCCAAAGCAGUGAUACCAUCACCCAGUGACAGUAAUCAAGAACAUCCAAGCUUUCAAGAUAUUCAUGAAAUGUUUAUUUAUAGUAAAAGGAAAACUCAACAGAAAAAUGUUUCCGAGAAUAAAGAUGAAGCGACCAUUUCACAUCUCUUGGUGCAUUUAAAUUUUGAGAACUCUUAUGGUUUAAAAAUAAUGGACAGUUCUGGCAUGGAUCAUAACGCUAAAAUGUUUGGUUCCGUUCUCAUUGUUCCCGGAAAAGGACAGUGCAAAUCAUUUGGCACUUUCCAGGGGGGAAAAAUCUUUUUCAAUGCAAAGGAUUUUUUGGUAAAGCCAAGCAAAGCUAUCACAGUUGCUGUCUGGGUAAAACUGAAGGACAUUUUUCAGAGUGUUUCUAUAUUCAGUGUACAACGUGGUCUCUCAGGAGAAGGGGGAAAACUUGACCUCCGUAUUUUUGAUGGCAAUGCUCGCUGGACGCAUGUAGAUGAAAAUCGAAAAUUAAUUUUUAACAUUAAUACAAACGUUCCCAGUAUAGCCAAUAAUAAGUGGAACCAUAUUGUUGGUACAUAUGAUUCUGAAAUCCACUUGGCAACGGUCGUUUUAAAUGGUCAGCUGUUUAAAGAAAAUGAAGCUAGUGGGUUGCUGUCUCAACAAUGGCUAGGUGAUAUUGGGAUAGGUUUAUCGGAGAGUUUAUAUGGUGAUGUUGAUGAGUUUUAUCUUUAUGAUCGGGCAUUGACGACACCUGAAAUCAAUACAUUGCGUCAUAAAUGUCCAUCUCUAAUUGCAUUGUUGGAGGACGAACCAUCCAAGAUUUCUGCCAUUCGAACCUCUGAAAACAAAACAAAAAUUUUACCAUUUACUAACCAUACUAAAGAUUCCUCUGUAUGUUCUCAGGGAACCUAUCACGUAAACAGCACAUUGCGUGGUGGUCGUGAUGCUGGGAAGUUUGAACAUGAAAAAGGAGUGAGAGAUGUAGUUGAAUGCUUCACAAGAUGCUGUGCUAUUGAUAGUUGUGAUUUGGCUUUUAUGGACACAAAUGGAUUAUGUUAUAGAGUAAAAUGCAAAAAUGACGAAGGGUGCAAGCCUACUCCUGCUACUGAAGGCCCGUCUAGUGUAUUUUUUGUUUUAAGAAAAAUGGUGUCAUUUAAAGGACAUCAUUUUGAAAAGAUUGAUCGACAUUCCUCGCCAUUUCUGAGAAAGAUUGACAAUUUAAGUCCUGAAACUGGGAUACGAUUUUCAGAAACAUCAUUGUUAAAGCCAGCCACGGGGAAGUGCAAGGGGAACGGAAUGCUGUACAACGUUGAUAUUAAAGGAGGAUUGAGUGCUAACAGUUUCCAAAAAUAUCCAAAUAUCUCGUCAAUGGAGGCGUGUUUAGGAUUUUGCUGCAAGUUAAGUGACUGUGAUAUUGCAAUGAUAAGAAAUGGGGAUUGCUUUUCAAUUUUCUGUUCUACUCAUGAGAUGUGCCGUAUUGUUGAUGGAGGUAGUUUACUUUCGCUGGUUUCAAGACCACCAUCAAGAAGAUUGGAGUCAAAUGAAAUGAGUAAGAACAAAAGUACAGCAAAAAAUACCUUGCUUAUUUACUAUGGUUUUAACGUUGUCAAAGGAAGCAGUGUUGUGGACGGUUCUGGUAAAAAUAACAAUGGAACAUUAGAAAACGGCGCAAAGAUUAUACGGUUUAGUCGUCAUGGUCCUGGAUUAGAUCUAACGACAGGGGAUCUUGUUGUGAAUGGUUUAUCUUUUAAAGUAGAACCGUAUGAAGGCCUCUCUAUUGCUGCUUGGAUUAAACUGUCGAAUAUUGAUGGAGAUCAUGUGAUAUUUAGCAGCGUAGAUCGUCAAUCACGUUUAAGUCAAUCAUCUUGCUUGUUGAAAGUAAAUAAUGGUCGUCUUUUCUGGUCUUGUCUUGAUAAAACUAGACAUGCCAUAUUCACGGUCGUCUCUCCUUUGGUAAUUGGUCCAAAUACCUGGAAUCACGUCGUUGUUUGCUAUGACACGCAAUUAAAGAAGGCAAAGGUGUUAGUAAAUGGCCGUGUGAAAGCUGUAGGACGUGGGAAAGGGGAAUUCUCUAAGAAGAUGGAUGAUGUGAUAUAUUUUGGAUCAACAGCUUAUACAAACGACCUUAACGGUUAUCUAGACGAGAUAUAUAUCUUCAAAAGGUCUUUAAAAAAUGUGGAAGUUAGACAAUAUUUGAUUAACAUAGACACUAGAGGUUAUCACUUGAAUAAUAUCUCCAGAAGCCAUUCAGCAAGAUAUGAAAAAGACUUUCCAUUUUCGAAAGCUAAGUAUCGUUUGAAGAGUGGAUCAAUAAUUACGAAAAUAUAUGAUCGUCCAUCAGUAGAAAACAUUUCGUCUUUGGAGUUACCAAAGACUUUAAACUAUUUAGUUUAUGAAAAACUGAAAAGUGCCACUGCAAAAACUGCUUCACACAAUAACCAAACAAAUAACUUGCCUCGUGAAUGGAAAUCUGCACCAUCGCCAAGCCAUGAAUUUUCCUGUGCUGUAAAUGGAAAUGUUUAUAACAAAUAUACUUUCAGGGGUGGCUUGAAGGCAGGCAAAUUCACAAAGAUUGCUGACAAUAGCAACAUGAAUGAUUGUAUCUAUCACUGCUGUCAAAAAGAUUAUUGUGAUGCUGCUAUCAUGAAAGGAGUCACCUGUUUUGCAUUAAAAUGUCAGACUAGAAAACUCUGUGAAGUACGACCGGCAAACCUUUUAAAAUUUGAUCUAAAGAUUGUUUUCGUUAAAAGAACUCAAAAGAAAAAUACUAGUCAAUCAGAGAAAACAUUGUCAUCUCUUGGCAAGUGCUAUCCUGGUAUUCGAAUAUCCAAUGUUACGAUCAAUGCAGGUCUUGGAGCAGGAAAAAUCGUUCAGUUUAAAAAUGUCACUGAAAUUGAUCAAUGCGUUUUACGAUGCUGCUCUCUUCCUUCAUGUAAUACAGCUUUUCUCGUUCAAAAAUCGUGUUAUGCGAUAUCAUGCAUCAUAAAAAACUUCUGUAAAUUACGUGCUCCACCAAGUAAUGAUUUUAUUUCGGAGGUUGCUUAUGUAAACCGUAGUGGCUUAAUAUUGUUUCGUGGUCCUCAAGAUGCUUUAAUGUCCCCAUUAACGCUUGUUUCUUCUGAAAAAAACUCCUUACAUAAAUUGGGUGAAGAAAAAAAUACAAUUGUCUCUGUAAAACCUCAAAUACAUGGGAGCAACAAAACUUAUAAAAAUACGUCAAACGUUGCUUCUCAAUUAGUCCCAAAAACUCCAGCAAAACAUCACAGAAAAAGGAUGCAUUUGAACAAUUUGAUGUACGCAUUGAAACUGCUUCAAAGAAAGAAAAAAAUAAAGGAAUUGAUGACAAAGUUACAUCAUGAUUUAGGAACGGCAGCGAAACAUAUAAUAGAUGAAGAAAAAAGGAAAAGCCAACAGGGAGAAAAAGUGCACGUAGCAAAUAAAUUACAUUUAAAGCAUCGUUUGCAAUAUCAUCACGGAAUACAUAGAUCAAACAUGAAACAACAUAAAACUCAUAAUCUGAAGAAACAUCGCAAUCGUAUUAAUAAGAAAAAAAUUCACAUGAAAGUAUCUGACGUCACAUCUGUUGUUAAGAAUAUUUCUUUUCAUAAUGCAUCGUUGGAACAGAAAAGAGAACAUCUCUACUGUCACUUAAAAUUUGGUUGCCAGCAUGGAUGCCAUUACCUUGAUACAAUUGGUUACCAAUGUUUGUGUCCUCCUGAUAUGGUCCUUGCUUUUGAUGGUAAACACUGUUUAAAGAACAAAAAGUGCAUUUUUGGAUGGCAUCAUUGUCAACAAGAAUGUGUUCAAUUAAAUAAAGGUUUCAAAUGUGAAUGUACAUCAGGUUUCACACUCAACAAAGAUGAUCGCCAUUGUGAUGAUAUUGACGAAUGUCUUCUUGGAAUUUCAAAAUGUUCUCAACAAUGUGUAAAUUUACCUGGAAGCUAUGUUUGCACCUGCAGAAAAGGAUUUGCACUAAAGCUUGACAACAAAACUUGUGAAAAUAAUGUUCUCCAAAUAAAGAGAAAGACAAGUUACUUAAAGAGAGAUAUACUUACAGCUCCAGUAGAAGUUGCAGUACAGUUUUUAAAAAUGAAAGUUUAUCAAGGACAAAGAGCAAUCCUUAACUGUCGAGCUCGAGCUUCACCGGCACCAUUGAUAAAAUGGGCGAAUGGAGGCGAUGGUGCUCUUCCUCUCGCUCGGGAUGAUCGAUACAAGAUCACUCGUAGUAAUUCUUUAUUGAUCGAGCAUACAAACAUGAGUGACAGCGGAACAUAUCAUUGCAUUGCCUCGAAUGAUUUAGAGACAAAGUCAAGAUCGGUAAAACUGGACAUCAUUGAUGUUGAUGAAUGUCAGAUGAAAACAAGAAAUAUUCUGUGUGAACAGAAAUGCUUAAACACACAAGGAAGUUACCGAUGUUUAUGUUACGAGGGAUAUAAACUUGGAAAUGAUUUACAUACGUGUCAUGAUAUUAAUGAAUGUGAAGACUCUAGUUCAACAUGUUCUCAUACCUGCAAUAAUACAAAUGGUAGUUACAUUUGUUCAUGUCCGUUUGGUUACGAGCUAUACAAUAAUGGCCAUAAUUGCUCAGAUAUUGAUGAAUGUUCCGUAUUUGCUUUGAACAAUUGUUCCCAACUUUGCGAAAAUACUCCAGGAGGGUAUGAAUGUUCUUGUACUGAAGGAUACGCCUUAUCAAAUGAUAAUACCUCCUGUCUUUUGGAACAGUCAUUGACAUUGAUCGGUUAUCCUUUAACAAAAGCUGUUGGUAUUGUCGUUAUCGUUGUGACUACAGGUCUAAUGUUAAUUGUCUCUGUGACGAUUCUACUUGGUGGAUAUUUCAGAAACAUGCCUCGAUAUAGAUCAAGGAAAUCUUUAAAAGCAACAACUGAACAAAGAAAUGGAGAGUUUAACAAAAGGAAUAAAAUUUCCACCAAUCAGAGGGCAAGAAUUGCGACAACACCAGAAGUGUGUGUAAUGAGUGAAACAUACCAAGACAUUGCAGCCAUGUUGAUAAGAAAAAGACAAAAAAAUUAUACUCGUUAAUCAUAA